CAUCCUUUCCAGGGGUGAUGGUCGCUCCCCUCUAAAAGUUCUUGCUGCUUUCAUUUCCUUUGAAUUUCCGUGCAUCGAGGAUGGGUCAAAGGCAUAACCGACGCCGCACUCGCCCUCGUCAUCACUACUCCAGUCAAGAAACGCCGGCCACUCUCACUCAAGCUCCAAACUCUCCGGCAAUUGCAUCGUCUGCCUUGAGCCCUCCGAACAUUUACGCCGAGCUAUCAGCUUUCAAUCAGUCUGCUGCAUGCCUAUCAUCUGGAUCUCCGGCUCCAGUGUCCCUCGCCCCGACUUGGCAAUAUGGGUAUACCGCAUGGCAGAUCCCUGAAUCUGCUCCGCAGCUGGAAUCUGGUGGACUGGACGCCGCACGGUACCGUCUGUUUGGCGGCGAGCCAGGCGACGAUCUCAGUCUCUGCUAUCGAAUGCUAGAGUACUUCGGUGGGCUCGACUUCAUCGACUCAAGACGAGACUGCACCCUCGGAGAUUGAAUGCUCGGAGAUCUUUGGAUUUCUCUGU